AUGGCAUACUUUUGGCAGAUCUGCGUAUUCUGCUUGGCGAUUGUUGGCGUUCUGGCCAAAGAGCAUCAACACCUACUUACCGCGUCGUCCAACGCCGACAGUGACGUCUUUGUUGAUCUAGACGUCACGACUCUGGAUUUUGUCUGUCCAUCCAGGUACACGGUCUGGUUUCUGCCGCAGAGUGCUACUGGAGUCAGCCUACACCCCAACAACCACCUGCGAAUUGCCCUUACGGAUAAGGAGAGGCCGUUUCAACGAGGAUUUUACGCCUGCUGCCCCCGUGAAAGAGCUAUCUCACCGAAUGUGGCUGUCCAACGUGUGCAGACACCUGCAUGUUGUCCGUGCUGUUCUUGGCCGGAGGAAGAGUACUGCUCAAACACCCAGUGGAACGAGUCCUCGCAACUUGACGCUCCUCCGUGUAUUAGGGUCUUCCUAUUCACGGGCAUGGUUCCGCGCAGAGCAGUGACAAUUCCGCUGCCCUGGCGAUCCAAAGUACUCAUCCCCUGUCCAGCCCCGUCGCCCACCAUGGACUUGCGCGUUUACCGUCAGCUGCCGAAAAUCCGUCAGUCGAGGCAACUGUGGUUCAACACCUCGAUGACCGAUGUGGGGCAAUAUGAUCCGCGUUUCGGGCUGUGCACGCAGCAGAUCCGCGUUCCAGGGGGCCAUAUGCAGCUGUCAUGUGAAUAUCCAACCUCCAGACGCAUCAUCAAGCCACAGCCUCCAUCUGCUCCACCGACCCUGCUGCCCAAUGUGACGUGUGUUCUGCAACCGAUUGAGCAGGAAUUCGACAUGCGAGGAGGUGCGACCCCCGAAUUUCGAGUUUUCGGACCUCGAAACCUGACGGUAUCGUGCACGGCCGUGUAUACGAAUAUGUUCAUUGCAAAGCGACACCCCACGCUGUGUUUUCGUUGGCGGCACACAGUUAACGUCUCGGAUCACCAGUUGACCUGGCCGUGGUCGCGUUACGCAUGUCUGCGAUCUGAGCUUUUCGGAGACACGAUUACGGUUGCCGCAACCCACGCCUACAACUUCACCGCCGACGGACACUCAACGACCGUGGAGGUUGAAGUAGCGGAACGAUACAGAGCGACCCCGGCACAGAACUUUUUCAUGCGCCUCCACGUUUCACCGCCUUCGACGGGGGACAAUCGAAUGCACAUAAGUGUUGCCGAACCGACUAACUCGAGUGCCUACAGUCUUUUCUCGGACAAUUUGAGUGACAACAGGACUCUGGUUGUUCUAGACACCGCAGUGAAGCGCCUAACCCUGGCAUUUUACGCCCUGGAUGAAAUUACUCAGCACACUGCCUGUUUUUCAUCCACCCUGCCGAAUGAGUCAUUUUCGCUAGGUCGGACAGCAGAUCGAUGGUUGUGCGAAGUAGCCCUGCCAGAAGCCAAGUUUAAUGUGUCGUUGAAACAGGGAGAUCUGGAAGUAACUGUAACAGUCUACCCCUCCCCCGAUGCACUCCUACCUCGCUCCACCAUUUCAGGUCUGCGUGGGUCCGUGGACGUUUACAUCAACGUCACCUGCCCUGUUAGUCAAAACGACGCAUCUCUCCAGUUGCCUGAUCUCUUCAACACGACGCCCAGUCAAGUCCGAUGGCUGGUGUUUCGAGGGGAGAGUUUGGUAAACGAGACCUACACCAAGGCUGCAUGGCUUGAAAUUGCUCCACUAAUCAAUUCCACCUCAGUUAGUGUGGAACCCGUGCUGGAAUUGGAGUCGUCAUCCACCCCACCGGCGUUUGAGGCUCUUCUUUCCAACCUUUCCACGCUAGUCCUGCCACCGGUGGUCAAUUUUUCCCGUCGACUGUGCGUCUCGUGUGAGACAUUCUUUGCAUUCGGAAGCAGCAAAAGUGCGAGGGAGUGUGUGACCCUGGAGGCGAAGGACGAAUCAGAGCAGGAGAGUCUGUCGGUUAGCGAGGCCGCGCUUCGUCGCUUCUCGUCGUAUUUUUUGCCACUGCAAGUGUCCAAUGUGUCCAAUCCAAGCUUCCGCAUCACCAGGGCCUUUCCAGCAGGUCAGCUUAAUGUGAACCAAGGUGUCGCCCAAGUGGAUGUCUACGCCGGGUCAGUGCUUGAGUUGCGUUGUAGUCUGAGUCGGACUAAUUCGUCUUCAACCUCCACCUGGCCGCUAAUUGCGCUGUCCGACGCAGACGGAGACAGAAGCCUUCCACACGGUCACCUACAGUUCUACGCUCUUCCCUUCGCCCUUGAAACUCGACUCCAGGUCAAUUCUACGGCGGUGACAGCCGUCGGAAGUGUGUACUCGUGCGGUGAUACGGUGGAAAAUCUGGUUUACCUCGUGGUAGAUGUGGUGCCUACCCUGCCUCCGAAGAUUGUCGAGCCCAAUCAAUCGAUCCGCUACUUCACGGCCAAUGAGAUUGUCCGACUCACUUGCCGUGCCGUUGGUGGCCCGAUGCCGAUAAUUGUGUGGCGUCUGGUGAGUGGAUUGAACAAGACCCAGGAGAACUCCACUGUGCUGAAGUGGUGCAAUGCCUCUUUGCAGAGAGAGGAAAACAGUUGUAGUUUAAUGUACAUACCCACACCGAGUGCUGAAAACACUACCAUCGAGUGCAAAGCGGUGAACUACCUUGGAAGCGCCGUCUCCACCCUCCACGUGAUUCGCGUCAGCACUAACACCGAGCUGGCUGGAAGUAUCAUCUUCAACAAAAUCUGGAAGAGCUACAUAUUUUGGAUAACCGUGCCAUCGGUGAUUCUAGUCGCGUUUGUUGUUUGCUUGUGGACUGUGCUUUGGCGAAAAAAUCGACAAAUGGUGAAGGCGGAUAAGUUGAUCAAGAUGGAUAAUCUAAUCUACGGCAGGACGGAUAAGUUGCCUGGCAACGGACAUGACUUCAAUCCCUUCUACCACGAGCUGCUCUACAGCCUCAUGCCUACUGAUGAGCUUCGAGAACGCUGGUGUCUAGAUAGACGGGAUUUGCGUCCGUUUCCUCAGUCUCUGGGCACGGGACACUACGGCACGGUGCAGAAAGGCAUUUACUAUGGACCUCGGGUGAGACAAAAGAAGCAUCCAGACGCCUUCUUCGUAGCUCUUAAGUCUCCCUCGGCGGAACUCGCCAGUCUCACGUGUUUCCGCAACGAGAUCGCGCACUUAAUGAGGCUUUCAGAUGGGCCAAACAUCGUCAAAAUGAUUGGCUGUGCUAUCGGUGAUAAAAGCGAUCUUCGGGACAGUCUGUUGGUCCUCGAAUUUUGUCCCAACACGAGUCUGAGUGACUUCAUUCGGCGCAUGCUCUACCCCCGGGGAUGGUUCGAUAACAGACCGAUGUUUGUGUGCAACGCAGUCGGCGAAAUCAGUACUGGAAGCAGUCAGAUUUCCACAACGCCAUUCCCCUCUAGCGAUAGUUCAGUCUCCCAAUUUGCAUUGGACGCCUACAAUGCCCCACUGUCGUCCAUAACAGGCACCCCGGUUCGCAUCCUACGAAAUGAAUACGAGGAUGCUGAUGCAACGCCGAAGUCACAACGCAGGCGACGCCGAGGCGGUCGUAGAAACACUGCUUUAGUUUACCAACGUCUUACUCUCAACUCCUCCACCAUAUUCCUUCAGAUUGCCACGGGUAUAGCCAGGGGGCUGGAGUACUUGGCUCUUAACAAUGUCAUUCAUCGUGACCUCGCCACCCGGAAUAUCCUUAUGGAUGCGAAGUACGAGCCAAAGAUUUGCGAUUUUGGUCUUGCUGUGACAGUCGACUCGCCACAGGACUCUUCAGACGGCGCGGCGCCGGAUUCUGGUUGCUACCACAUAAUCACCUUUACCAAACAGCUGCCUUUUCGAAUUCUCCCGCCUGAGGCACUUUCCAAGCAACUCUUCUACCUCUCCUCCGAUGUCUGGGAGUUUGGACUUCUGCUGUGGCAGAUGUUCUUCUUCGAAACACGCAAGCCCUUCGAGGAUGUUCAGAGCUCCGAUGCGCUGCUGCGUCUACUCUCGGGCAGUCGGUGUAUCCCGAACGGCUCCGUGAACUACGUCAUUCCUGAACCCUGCUCAAACAACGCCUCCUGGCAGCAGGCACCUCCGACAAUCGACAGACCCCCGGCGGUGCCAGAUGCCGUCUGGGAGGUGAUCUGCGACUGUCUGCGAAUCCAAGCAGCAGAACGACCUGCAGCGUCGGAAGUCCUUCGUAGACUCGUGGAGUGCUCGUCGGCUUACGAGGAUGUUGGCGACGUCUAUUCUGCCAACACACUGGGCAGCAGUCGGUGCAACGACUGCCAGGGCCUCUGUCAGAGGCCUCCAGGCAACGAUAAUGCCUACACGGUUUCCCCUACGCGCAAUUCCUGCUUCCCCACCUACGAGAACCUGGAACAGACCAAUCGCAGUGCGGCUUACCUAGAGAGUUGUCCCUCUUCCUCCCUUUGA